GUUUUCAUGUUGAUUCGACUCCUAAACUCAACACUCAAACAAAAUAAAUAUAUUCACAUUACAACUUUAAAUGGUUGUACUUCAAAUAUUCGUCAUUCACGUGUAUAGCAUCAUUAUCCGUGUAAAUGACAUGACGUAAAUACAGCAUCAUGUUUUGCGCUGUUUGCAUGCUUCUCUGUAUCGACUCUUCAAUCACCGCGGACACGCGCUCAAACAGAAGGAGCACGCGCCUGCACACUCCCUACGGGCUCUCUCUCUCUCUCCUCCUCUCCUGACUCUGAGCGCGCUCGUUGCCGUGAGAGCGACAGUCAGUCACAGACAGCCGAGAAGAUUUACGCAGACAGACAGAAAGCGUGAUUUAUCGCCGGUUGUUGGCGAUAAAUAACGGAACCGGCGGCGGUCACAGAGAGGCUGACGGACACGGGAGCGCGCGCUGAUGGACGGGAUGCAGCAGGGCUUCGGCGCGUACGGCGCGGGCAGAUCCGGCGGAGCUUUCGACCCGCUCACGUUCAUCCAGCAGCCGCAAACCGGGCUCAGGAUCGUGUCGUGGGUUUUUUCAUUAGUGAUCUUCGGCUGCAUUGCUAAUGAAGGCUACAUUAACAGACCCGGUGAUGCUGAGGAGUUCUGCAUCUUCAAUCGUAACCAGAACGCCUGUAACUACGCUGUUGGCAUGGGCUCGCUGGCGUUCCUGUGCUGCAUGCUCUUCCUGGCGUUAGAUGCGUAUUUCCCUCAGAUCAGCAGCGUUAAAGACCGCAAGAAAGCUGUGCUGGCAGAUGUUGGCACGUCAGCGUUCUGGUCCUUCAUGUGGUUUGUAGGAUUUUGUUUACUGGCCAAUCAGUGGCAGGUGGCCAAACCGGAGGACAACCCACUGCGAAAAGGAGGAGACGCUGCACGGGCGGCCAUCGCCUUCUCGUUCUUCUCCAUCUUCACCUGGCAUCAGAGUUGGACAGAUGAUCUGCCUCUGUGUCAGCUGUGUGGUGUCGGCUCGGCCCCAAACUGUGUGUACGGCACCGAUGGGAAAGGGACCCAGAGCCACCCGAAUGAAGACGGACACUUCCGCUUCAGUACCGAGUGCUGUUUUCUCUAUGGAGUGUUUGAUGGUUAUGACGGCAGCAGGGUGGCAGAUUUUGUGCGUCAGCGAAUGACGGCCGAACUUUUACUGGAUCAGCUGAGCGUCAGUCACACGGAUGCAGACGUACGGAGAGUCCUGUCACAGGCGUUUGAUGUUGUGGAGAAGAGUUACUUUGAGACCAUUGAUGAUGCUCUGGCAGAGAGGGCAAACCUCCAAACACAACUACCAGAGGGUGUCUUUCUCACAGCUCAGACUCAGAAGAUGUCAGAAAGAUUGAAGUCUUUAGAGCAGGAGGUCUCAGGUGGAGCCACAGCUAUAGUAGCUCUGAUACUCAAUAAUAAACUUUACAUCGCCAAUGUAGGUACCAAUCGGGCCCUUCUUUGUAAGACCACAACUGAUGGUCAGAACCAGGUGAUCCAGAUCGGCCGGGCACACACGACCGACAACGAGGAUGAGCUGUCUAGACUGGCACAGCUGGGUCUGGAUCCGGUGCGGUUGAGGCAGUCUGGAGUGAUUUCUGGUCACAGCAGCACUCGACGGAUUGGAGACUACAAAGUCAAAUUUAACUACACAGACAUCGAUGUGCUCAGUGCAGCAAAGAAUAAACCAAUCAUCGCAGAGCCUGAGAUUCACGGCGGCCAAUCGCUGGAGGAGGUGACGGGCUUCCUGCUGCUGAUGUCAGAGGGGCUCAUCAAAGCCCUCGAAUCGGCCCACGGUCCGGAGCAAGUCAACCAGGAGAUCGUUGCCAUGGUAGCAGCAGAGUUGGCUCUGCAGAGCACUCUGGAGGCGGCUGCGCAGUCGGUGGUGGAGCGAGUCAAACGACUGCAUCACGACGUGUACGUGAGCGGCAGGCAGAGAGCGUCACACUGCGCGCGACACGAGGACAUGACGCUGCUGAUCAGAAUCAUCAACUACCAGCUUGCAGACGGAUCGCUCACACCUACACAAGGAGGACGAAUCUACCCCGUGUCUGUGCCGUACUCCAAUCAUCAGAGCACCAGUAAAACCAGUGUCACGCUGUCUCUGGUCAUGCCAUCGCAGGGCACGCUGACCAACGGCUCCAACACGGCAUCCACGCUGGAGGGAGACACGCCUACCGCUGGUCAAAGCCCGACACAGACGCUGCAGUCCACCAACACGCACACGCAGAGUUCCAGUUCCAGUUCUGGAGAUGGAAGUUUGUUCCGACAGAGAGGAAGUCAAGCGGCUCAGCCGGAUGAAACCGGACGGGUCCCGCCGUACGUGGACUUCACGCAGUUUUACCGGAUGUGGGGAUCGGACCACAGCGAUGGACAGGCCUUGACUGCCGAACUCUGAACAUCUGUAUCCUGAGAGGACCAAUCAGAACUCACGUCGUGAAGCGGUUUCUCUCCGAUGGGUUCGAGCUUUCUUAUGGGCCGAACUCGUAUGAGGAACAAAUAAAGUCGUGUGUUGUUCCAACGAGGUAGAAUUGACCCUGACGACGUAUGCUCACAUAUGCACCCACAUACACAUAAGGGAUAUCUAUUUAUUUACUGUUUUUUUAACAGAUUACAAACUAGUUAAUGAAUUAAAGGUGAUCAUCAUUAAACAAAUAAUUAAAGUGAUGAUAUGAAAAAGGAAAAUGUCAUGGUGUUAAGUUUGAAAUGUUGACUCACUUCUUCAAACAAAGGUUUGUGUUGUCCAGUAUUAGACGUGACUCUGUUUCUCAUCUGUUUUCUGUUCAUUAUUACAGUACUCAUCUGUUUUUAUAAGAACAUUUAUUAUUUCUCUGAUCUUCUGUUUGUGUGUGUGUGUCUGUCUGUCUGUCCGUCUAUGUGUGUACUGUGCUGUCUAUAAUAAAGACUUGAGGAUGUUCAUAUCCACA